AUGUUAGGCAGCACUAGAUGGCCCAAGCGUGCCGGCUUCCAUUUCAAACCAAUAUUACCACCUGCUCACUCCGUCAUUCACUGCGUGCUUGAUAGCGAUAUGGAAUCAGCUCCUUCCAGCUUGACACCAGAUGGGACUUACCGAUCUUUUCCUUCUUCAGUUUCGACCCCCAGUGUCACGAACAAGAUUACUUCCAAUUUACCGUGCUAUUUCUUCCGCGCUCUUGGAGCGCGCGACGCAAAUAGCAGCCUCCGACGUGACAUCUCCCCGAAAGAUGUUGAAGACUUCGCCCAAACCCCAAGAGGCAAAACCCUGAUACGUAGAAUAUUAGAGAUUAUCCCUCCAGCCCCCACCAGCCAGAAGGUUGCGGAGGUUGGAGAGGAAACCUGGGCGAAGAUAUUGAACAUCCCCGAACUGAUUGCGUACCUAACUGUUACGAAACGUCCCGAUACAUUUCAGAGCCGUCUACGGCAAGUCUUUGCCGAACUUGCUGCCUACCUCGCAUCAGCUUACAAUGCCCCUUUCAAAUCCAAUGCGCGUGACGCACUUGUAGAGCACCUCCACACUCUUGACAACCGUUUCACCGACUCGGACCAAUCCUUGUACGCUAGGGCUUUCAGCAUAAUCAAUUCAUCAGGAACCGGAAAGUCCAGGACUGUCCAGCAGCUUGGGAUUGGUUCAGCCGGGGAACCAAUAGCUGCCGAUGCGCCUCCCAGCGCGGAGGAACCCAUCUUCUUGAUAGCUGCUGCUAAACAGUCCGCUGAGUCGUGGGAGGAUACAUGGAACGCAGAUGGAGACAACAACAUCCUAAGCAUUUCGUCACAGUGCUACGAGCGGUAUAUUGCCCCGCCUCUAAACAACCUCAUGGAAUAUUUGCAAAACAUCCGCGGCCAGCGCGUCCAAGCCAUCGUCUACUUCGAUGAAACGGGGACAUUGCAACUUCUCUAUCGGAUUCUCCUGAGACUGAGCAACCGCCAACCCAGGACGGUACCACUGUGGCUGGUGUUCAUGGCGACUAAUGUUUCUGUCACCGACUACAUGCCGACCCCGGAGCGCAUCAACUCGGCUAGGCUGAGUCCUGAGGGAGCGACUUUAAUCCCGCCAUGGUAUUCCCUUGGAUGGGAUCAUUGGGCGGAGAAGGCCAUUGAGAGUCGUACCAUGAAAGACCUACGGUCUUGGAAGCAUGCAUCAUAUUAUGGGCGUCCCAUGUGGUAUGCCCAUAUCUUGGCAGAUGAAUUGCACGACCUUCUCCAAC